AGCAAACCGAACGCAGACGCAAGCAAAGCAAAAGGAGGACGUCGCCCGUUCAUUAGUGUUAUUAGUGUUAUUACUCCCACGAAACAACAAGCACGAAACCCAGCAGCGGAAAAAAGAAAAGAUCAAAAGCGCACCGAAAAAUAUCCUAAAAGCCUCCAGGAAUUCCUCCCCCGCGACCGCCACGACGACGACGGCGACGAGCACGGCCCCCCUCCACCGCCUCCGCCUCCUCCUCGCCGCGUGCCUCCGCGCCGCCCCGACGUCGUCCCCGCCGCCCUCACCCUCCGACCCGGCGCCGCCCGCCCUCCGCCGCCGCCGCCGCCGCCUCUGGAAGCUCCCCUACCCCCGCGCGCCCCACCCGAUGGACGCGCCGCCCCGGCCUCCCUCUCCCCCGCCCCCGCCUCAGCCGCCCGCCCCGUCGAGGAGGUACGGCGUGCACUUCUCCGCCUCCAGCUUCAUCCAGGCGCCGCUCUCCGCUCUGCUCGAGUACUCCGGCAUCCUCCGCCCCGACCCCGGCGGCGGGCCACACCAGGCCGGGGCCGGGGCAGGGGGAGGCGAGGUGUCGAUCCAGAUUGUGCGCCCUGGCGAGGCGGGGACGUCGUCCGAGAGGGGGGAGGACAGGGUCGUGGAGGAGGAGGAGGGGAACGCGGCGAGGGCGCACCCCGCAGAGCCGGCGCCGGCUGCAGGCGGCGGGGAGGGCGGGAGGGAGUCCUCGUCGUCGUAUCAGAGGUACGACAUACAGCAGGUGGCGAGGUGGGUGGAGCAGAUACUGCCCUUCUCCCUGCUGCUGCUCGUCGUCUUCAUCAGACAGCACUUGCAAGGUUUCUUCGUGACGAUUUGGAUUGCCGCGGUGAUGUUCAAGUCCAAUGAUAUCCUGCGCAAGCAGACUGCUUUGAAGAGGGAGAGAAGAAUUCCAGUCCUUGUCGGGAUUACAAUAUUAUUUGUUGUUCACGUAUUCGGAUUUUAUUGGUGUUACAAGAAUGGGGACCUUAUAAGACCUCUCGUGAUGCUUCCUCCAAAGGAAAUACCACCAUUUUGGCAUGCAAUAUUCAUCAUCUUGGUGAAUGAUACAAUGGUGCGCCAAACUGCUAUGGUCAUCAAAUGUGUACUGCUCAUGUACUAUAAAAACAGCAGAGGCCGUACCUAUCGUAGGCAGGGUCAAAUGUUGACAAUUGUGGAAUAUUUUCUACUUUUGUACCGUGCAUUAUUGCCUGCUCCUGUAUGGUACCGAUUUUUUCUGAACAAGGAGUAUGGAAGCUUAUUUUCUUCUCUAACCACUGGCUUAUAUCUCACUUUCAAGUUGACAUCUGUCGUGGAAAAGGUCCAAUCAUUUUUAACGGCAUUGAGAGCAUUAUCACUUAAAGACUUCCAUUAUGGUUCAUUAGCAACAAGUGAGCAGGUUAUUGCUGCUGGAGAUAUGUGUGCGAUAUGCCAAGAAAAGAUGCAUGCUCCCAUUCUUUUGCGGUGUAAGCAUAUCUUCUGCGAAGAUUGUGUAUCCGAAUGGUUCGAGAGGGAACGGACUUGCCCACUGUGCAGGGCAUUGGUGAAGCCAGCAGACCUCCGGUCGUUCGGUGACGGUUCGACAAGCCUCUUUUUCCAGCUAUUCUAGACAACCAUCUCGAAAGAGCUGCGAGUUUCAGCUCUCUGCUGUGUGCAGAUAAGAAGGCAUAUGUUAGGGGUGAGCGCUCGCGUGUUGCUGCUCGCGCCUGCGAGCAGAGCGGCCCAAUGCGGUGCUGAAAGAGUCUGCACGUCCCUUCCAGCUGAAGCUGAAGGAGUACACGUGUUUGUGUUUGAAUGUGCAUAUUAUCAUCUCCUGUAUAGGCUCCGGCGUGAUGCUGGAGCACCUGAGAAUUAUUACCUGACCUUAUACGGGUUACUACAUAAAUCGAAAUGGCGAGUGUAUAGUACAAUUUGAGCUUGCGACAUGCAUCUAGUGAUGAACUAUAGUAAUGAUGCUAAUUUAUACUCAGGGUUGAAUUGAAAGGGCAACAUGUGAUUUCCCUUCCAAA